AGGAAGUAAACAAAUGGGGGGAAGAAUUACCUCAUAAUUGAGCGAGUUGGUAAAUAAAGUUGGCAAAAGUAGUUAGGAACAACUAACUACACUAAAAAAACUCUAAAAUAAGCCAAUAAAGAUUCAACUGACAACAAACGAAAAAGAUCCCUGGUUAUGUCUCCAUGGUUCCCCUGACGGGCAGCAUCGAGGACUAUUUUUUUUUUUUUAUUUUCCUUUUUCUUUUUAGUUUAUAUAAACCUGAACGAUCUGGUUUUUUUUUUUCUUUCUUCAAAACUAUCAUUCUUUAUCUUUUUCAUUCCUUCCGUUCACUUAUACACUCAUUCAUAAUGCCAGGCUCUUCAGUCACUGCUCUUCUUGUUGACAACGCUGCUUCCGUCACUUCCCAAGCUGGUGCUGCCACCAGCUCUCUUAGUGACUUACAAUUGGUUACUUCUUUAUCUAAAGCCGGCAAGAACGAGAUUGCAAAUUCUGCUGCUAGCUCAGCUUCGGAUCACCUUUUAUUAGCAUCCGACUCCAGUGACUCUAAAGCUACUGGCUCUUUCACCGAAAGCUCUGCUUUACAUACCUUAAAAUUGAACACCGGUAGUUCUAGUGGUGGUGCUGCAGCUUCUGCCUCUGCUUCGGCAAAAUCGUCCGGUUUUGCUGUUAAUGCUGGAUCCGCUAAUACCAAAACUGUUUGGUUGGUUUCUUCUCUUUUAUUCGUUUCCUUAUUUAUGGGUACCUUAUGAGUAACCUGAUGAUUCUUCAAUCUUCACGAAUUCAUUGAUUUUCAUAACCUAGUACCUUUCCGUUAAGUGUUUUUAUUUUAUUUUUUUUUUUUUACUGUGCCUUUUUUAAUUGUUUCUAUUACCGUUGUUAGCUCUGUGAGCUCUUAUGAUUAAUUCUUUUACGUCCACCUUAGCAUUUUCUUUACUACCCUAUUCUUUUUGCAUUCUAC